GACUUUGUUUAGUGUAUGAGUUUUUCAGAUAUCCGAAUCACUGUCACAAGAGCGCUGACUUCACUCAGUGCAGCAGCUGUAUGAAGCCCUUAAUCCAGAAAUAAAUCCACUUAGGUUAUUUUAUUUUUUGUAAAGUAAAGAAUCUGUGGAUUUGUGGAUUUUUUUUUUUUAAGAGGCAAUCAUGAUCAGCCGUAACUUCAAAAAUGUGUUGGUGGUCUCUAUCGGGUUUCUGUCUCUGUUCACGGCUUACGGAGGCCUGCAGAGUUUACAGAGCAGUCUGAACGCAGAGCAGGGGAUGGGCGUGGCGUCUCUGAGCGUCAUCUACGCCUCCAUCAUCAUCUCCUCCAUGUUCCUGCCCCCCCUCAUGAUCAAGAACCUGGGCUGUAAAUGGACCAUCGUGGCUGGCAUGGCCUGCUACGUCUCCUACUCCUUUGGAAACCUCUACCCGGGAUGGUACACCCUGAUGCCCACCUCGGUCAUCCUGGGUUUGGGGGGCUCUCCCCUGUGGUCGGCUAAGUGCACCUACCUGACCAUCUCGGGCAACCUGCAGGCCUCCAAGGACGGCAGCAAGGGCUCCGACGUCAUCAACCAGUACUUCGGCAUCUUCUUCUUCAUCUUCCAGUCGUCGGCCGUGUGGGGGAACCUCAUGUCGUCGCUCAUCUUCGGACAGGACGCCAACAUAACUACUAUCCCAGAAGAGCAGCUGCUGACCUGCGGAGCGGCCGACUGCGGCCUCGACAUCAGCGUCAACAGCACGAGUACCAGACCGGCCCAGGAGCUGGUCUGGACCCUGGUCGGGAGUUACAUCGGCGUGGGGGUGCUGGCCAUGCUCAUCGUGGCCGUGUUUCUGGACAACAUCGACCGGGAGCAGUCCAGUCGUUUCCGUGGGAACCGGGAGCCGUUCUGCCAAACCUUCCUGGCCACGUUCCGGCUGCUGAAGGACUGGAGGCUGGUGACCCUCAUCCCCCUCACCAUGUACAGCGGCUUCGAGCAGAGCUUCCUCUCCGGGGAGUACACCAAGAACUACGUGACGUGUGCGUUGGGGAUCCACUACGUCGGAUACGUGAUGAUGUGCUUCGGAGCCGCCAACUCGCUGUGCUCCUUCUUCUUUGGAAGACUGGCUCGGUACACAGGGAGGGCGGCGCUCUUCUUCCUCGCCGCGCUGGCCAACUUCGCCUGCAUCAUGGCUCUUUUAUUCUGGAGGCCUCAUCCUGACGAGCUUCCUGUCUUCUUCGUGUUUCCUGCUCUGUGGGGGAUGGCCGACGCUAUCUGGCAAACUCAGACCAACUCUCUUUACGGCAUCCUCUUCCCCCGGCACAAAGAGGCCGCGUUCGCCAACUACCGGAUGUGGGAGUCCCUCGGCUUCGUGAUCGCCUUCGCCUACAGCACCUUCAUCUGCCUGGAGUACAAACUGUACAUCCUGCUGAGCGUCCUGCUGCUCACCGCCGUCACCUACCCCGUGGUGGAGUACUACGAGUACAAGCACCCCACACCCCCCGUUCAGGAGGGGACCUACACGAGUCACAAGGAAACUACUCAGAUACAUGACAAAAAUAUCAUCUGUCAGACAGAAAUGUAGAGGAUGUCUUUGUGUUGUUGUUUUUUUACAUCCUGGUCGGACCAUUGAGCUGAUGAUGAUUAAAACUGAUGCCAAAAUGUUCAAAUUACUGUAAAUCCUCCAGUGAGAUUGAUGGAAGUUCAAUCAGAAACGUGUCCACUUGUUCUGUGAUCUGUUACUGGGAACCAGUCAAAACUGCACACCGACAAAGCUGGAACUGCGUAUUUGACUCAACGAUGAGUCUUUUUAGCUUGUUUUUGGGUGGAAUAUUUUGUAUUGUGUGCGUUUAUCUGACCCCUGUGGAGCUCGGGUUGUAUCUGCAGGUAAUCUGCAGGUUAGAGACGAGGGAUGUCCUACGGAAAUGUCCAGACCAACAAUGUUCUCCUCCCCGAUUUAAUCUCCUUUUAGUGUGUGUUGAAGGCAGUGUCACUGUAUGUGCAUGUGUGUGAUUAUCAAACCAACUGAAUGUCUAUGUGACUCCACUGUCACAAAAACACUGAAGAGUUAAAGAAAUGCACAAUCAAUGUCUAAAUAUUUUAAGUUUUCAGGGGGUCUGCAGAUGGCAAUUAGCCUAAGGCUACAAUCUGGCAUAUUUACAUUUGUGAAAAUGUUCACUAAUAUGUAUUGUCCCCUUUUGUUUUUUUCCGAAAAAAAAAAAAAAAAAAACUUUUAUCAAA